CUCGAGUUGCAAUGAGAUUCGAUCGUCUCUUUAUAAAUUAUUGAAGGAUCGACCUUCCCUCGAUUCACGAUACGAGGUACGGGUUGGAGUGUGCCCAAAGUGUGUAGUAUGAUUGCGUUUUCCGUCCGUACUCUUGACAAAGUAUCGGUUAAUGUAGUAUUAAUGGAUCGAUGAAAGUAAUGAAUUCAUGUAUCAUUGAACAAUGUCCACUCUUAUAUAUCGACCGACUGAUGCAACGUGCUUCAAUGUUACCUUCGACGAACAUGAUCUCCGUGAUCUCCGUUUUGCUUUUCGUGUGGAUUUUAACUCCGGGUGAAGCUUUCGAUGACUUUCCAUCUCUAAUGUCUACUAACGCUUCGAUGGCUGUCGUUAUCGACAAGGGUCUCUUUGAUAGUAAAGUUGAAUACCGCAGUAUCGUAAGAAAUAUUCAUAAUUUUAUCAUGAAUAUCACGAAACAAGAGGCACAUUUGAGUGACAUUGACGUACGCGUCUUUCACAAUACGAAAAUUAAUAAUCUCCGAGAUUACACCGUACUUUUAUCGGUGGCAACGUGCUUUCAAACAUGGAGCUUGCAUGAUAUAGCACGUAAAGAGGAGCUCGUGCAUCUAGCGAUAACAGAGCAAGACUGUCCACGGUUUUCCGACUCGGAAGGUGUUAGUAUUCCUUUAGUACCACCGGGUGAAGAAUUGUCUCAGAUUUUCUUCGAUAUAAGGGUUGCCGACGCUUUGCUCUGGAGCAAUGUCAAUAUUUUACACGACGAUACAUUUGAUAGAGAUACUAUCAACAGAGUCACAAAAGCUAUAUCGAUUUCGUUACCAAAUAAGACAUUCAACUUGGUUUCGAGAGCGUUAUUCGCCUUUAAGCAUGUUGAUUCCGAGCGUCAGAAGAGAUAUUACAUAAAAGACAUGCUUGAAAAUUUUCACAUGGAUCAAUUGGGAAAAUGCUUUCUCGUAAUCGUCACGGUAGAUACAGCGGUCGAUGUUAUGGAAAUUGCAAAAACAUUAAAUAUGGUCCAACCUGACAGUCAAUGGUUAUAUAUCGUCACUGAUAGCCUGAUACAGAAUUCUACAAAUAUCACCAGUUUCGUCGAUUCAUUGUCGGAAGGUGGUAAUGUGGCGUUUUUGUAUAAUAUGACGGACAGCGACAAAUAUUGCGAUAUUGGUCUAAUGUGUCAUAUCACCGAAUUAGUUAUAGCUUUAUCUGAUGCUUUGAAACUGUCAUUGAUGAUCGAAAUAGAAUUGUACAAUCGUGUGAGUUACGAGGAGUUUGAACUUCUUCGAUUAAACAAGGCCGAAAGACGACAAGAAAUUCUUAAGAAUAUUAGGAUAAAACUUAUCGAGAAUACUCUUGCCUCGGGCGGUGUUUGCGGUAAAUGCUUAUUCUGGCAAUUUGCCUCAGCUAUCACAUGGGGUAAUUUCUUCGUUCAUGGCAAAAGCACCGCACAUUUGAUAGAUUCAGGCACGUGGAUGCCCACACUUGGAGCGAAUUUGACGGAUGUUAUUUUUCCGCACGUUGCGUAUGGAUUUCGAGGGAUUAAAUUGCCAAUUGCCACGUAUCACAAUCCACCAUGGCAAACCAUUUCAUUGAGCAAUACUGGUGAAAAAGAAUAUGGCGGAUUGGUCUUUGAUGUCGUGAAAUAUUUAGGAAAGAAAUUGAACUUUACCUAUAGCAUACUUAGUCCAAUGAGUAAUCGGACUGUUAAGUUUACGCAUAAUGAAACUCAAGUCGACGUGAUACUAGCAUCGACAACGAGAAAAAUUCCGUCGGAGAUAAUAGAUAUGGUUGUCGCGAAGAAGGUUCUCUUUGCAGCCUGUGCAUAUACUGUCAAUGAUCGUGGCAGAGAUGAGAUUAAUUUCACUCUACCGAUCUUCAUGCAAACGUACAGUUUUCUAACUGCAAAGCCGGGUCAACUUUCCAGAGCCUUGCUAUUCACCGCUCCUUUUACCAAAGAGACAUGGGCUUGCUUGGCAGCAUCCAUUCUUAUAAUAGGCCCGACUUUGUAUCUCAUUCACAAGUACAGUCCAUACAGUAGAACAUCAGGGCUUACUUCCUCUUGGCAAUGCGUGUGGUAUGUCUACGGGGCUCUUCUUCAGCAAGGAGGAAUGUACUUGCCCCAUUCUGACAGCGCUCGCUUCUUGGUUGCUAUCUGGUGGUUGACCGUGAUGGUUUUGGUGGCGACUUAUUCCGGAAGUCUAGUCGCAUUUCUGACAUUCCCAAAUAUGGAUACUGCCAUCUUAACCGUGGAAGAUCUAAUUGCUCAUAAACACAGAUUAACUUGGGGCUUUCCUAAUGGUAGUUUCCUAGAGCAAUAUUUGAAGAAUGCUGAGGAGGAGAAAUAUCACAUCAUGUUCGAACGCGCUAUAAUUCAUAAUGCAUCACAGGAAUUGGAAGUUAUCGAAUCAGUAAAAGCGGGAAAACACGUAUUAAUCGAUUGGAGGAGCACAUUGAGAUUCUUGAUGAGAACUGACAUGUUGUCAACUGAAGGAUGCUCGUUUUCUUUGAGUACUGAUGAAUUUAUGGACGAGCCUAUAGCGAUGAUUAUCUCGCAAGACAAUCCGUAUACGAAAAUUAUCAACGCUGAAUUACAUCGUAUGCAUGAAUCUGGAUUAAUGACUAAAUGGAUAACGGAACAAAUACCAAUGAAAGAUAAAUGCUCGGACAGCUCCGUGAAUCAAGGUGUGGAAGAACGUAAAGUAAAUGUGGCGGAUAUGCAGGGCAUAUUUUUCGUGCUCUUUAUGGGUGUAAUCGGUGCGAUAUUUCUACUAUGUUGCGAGUUCUAUUGGCACAAGCGCCAAGUGUCUAAGCGACGCAAGUUGAUACAGCCGUUUCUUUCCUGAAUUUGACUCAGGACAUUCGAUAUAAUUAUCUCGAAAUAAAGUAAAUGUUACCAUAUUUUCCUUAAAAUAGCUUCGGUAUUGAUAGAACUUCUAUAUUCCAACUUGCAAACAUACUUUAUGAUUACUUUCUUUAGAAUUAAUUGUAGGGGUUGUUCUUGCAUAAUGAUUCUUAAAUUAAAUAUAAUAUUUUUCAUUUCUUUUCUAAUAGAGCGUUUUAAGAUGUGUACAAUAGAAUGGACCUUAAUUAUACGUAAAAACAUUACUUAAUACUUAACUCAAUACCUGAAAUAAUCUUCUCGGUAUUUUUUUCUGGACACCUAAGUUCCAAGUUCAUUCCAUUCGUGGAAAUAAAAAAUCGUGCAAAAGUAAGCUCAGUUGAGUAACGGAAACACGUGGCAUAAUCUUAUUAAAAGUGAAACAAAUGAUCUUUUUACAAAGUGGAAAAAUUUGAUAAAAAGAAAGAGUUGUGAUUAAAAAUUUUUAUUUUUAUAUGUUGUUUUAAUAUUUAUAUUUGCUAUUAUGUUUACUAACAAGCACAUGAGAAAAAUAAAAAACUAAAAAUACUGUGUGAAUAUAA